CCGGUGAUUCUCACUCAAACCCGCCUCCAACGCUGAACAAUUUGGUCCUCCAGUAUCCCAGCAAACCCCAGCGAGGGGCCGGCGAUUUCCGGAAUUUUCUCCGCCUGUUCAGGCGAACGGCAGGAAACCCGCCGGAUCAAUGAUUAGUUUAAAAAUAAACACCGGUAACUUGUAUGGUAGAUUCAUUUCCCCUGAAUCGAACUGGUUUUCUUGCAGACAUUUUACCCCUCGUCGGGUCGGGGGUACUUUGUUCUCCGCCUGCGGAGGAAGCGGCGCCGGACCGGCCGGGCUGUAAACCACCAGCAGAUACAGAAUGACGACUGGAUUCGGAUUCGGCACGGCGGGCACCACCACUGGUGGCGGCUUCGGCCUCGGAGCUUCCAGUAAUACCAGUGGUACUGGAUUUAAUUUUGGAAAUCUUGGUACUACUGCUGCAACCACAACCACAACAGCAUCUGCAUUUGGAGGCCUUGGUGGUGGACUGUUUGGACAGAAACCAACUACUGGAUUCUCGUUUGGUGCCACCCCAACCGGAACUACAACAGCAGCAACUACAGGAUUAACCUUGGGAGCACCCACAACUACAACUUCAACUGGUUUUGGUUUAGGAUUCAACAAACCAGCUGGUUCAGCAACACCUUUUGCAAUGCCUGUUGUACCUUCUGCAGCAGGAGGACUCUGCCUUUCAUCUGCAUUGCCAGCAUCUACCGCAGGUUCGACAGCAUUUGCAUUAAAUUUAGGCGGAACCCCUGCUUCCACUGCAUCGGUACCCACAGGCCUGACUUUGGGAGGGGCUUUAACUGGUUUAGGUGGCAACCUCUUUCAAGGUACAAGUGCCUCAACUGCAGGACUUGGACAACCACUAGGUUUAAAUCUUGGUGUAUCUACAGUUGCUCCCACCACUACAGCUAGUGAAGGACUUGGUGGAAUAGACUUCAGUGGAUCUUCUGAUAAGAAAAAUGAUAAAUGUUCAACUGGAAAUAGAACUGAUGAAAGCAAAGCUCUUAAGGAUGAAAAUUUACCACCUGUUAUCUGUCAGGAUGUGGAAAACUUUCAGAAAUUUGUAAAAGAACAAAAACAGGUACAAGAAGAGAUCAGCCGAAUGUCUUUUAAAGCAAUGCUGAAAGUACAAGAAGAUAUCAAAGCAUUGAAACAGUUGCUGGCUGUGGUUGCCAGUGGACUUCAGAGGGAUUCACUUGCCAUUGACAAACUCAAGAUAGAAUCUGCACAGGAGCUUAAAAAUGCUGAAAUAGCACUAAGAACACAAAAGAUACCACCAGGACUUCAGCAUGAAAAUACAGCACCAACUGACUAUUUCAGGCAAUUGGUGGAACAGUUUGAGGUUCAGUUACAGCAGUAUCGACAGCAAAUAGAGGAGCUGGAAAAUCACCUUGCUACACAGGCUAACAGCUCUCAUAUGACUCCACAAGACUUGUCUCUUGCAAUGCAGAAAGUAUACCAAACAUUUGUAGCUCUGGCUGCUCAACUUCAGUCAAUACAUGAAAGUGCAAAGAUUCUAAAAGAGCAGUAUCUUAGCUAUCGUAAGACAUAUUUUGGUGAUACCACUGAUGUCUUUGAAGCAAGGCGUGCUGAAGCUAAGAAGUGGCAGAAUACUCCACGUAUCACAACUGGACCAACUCCCUUCAGCAUACCAAAUGCAGCGGCAGUUGCCAUGGCUGCAACAUUAACACAGCAGCAACAGCCUGCUACAGGACCACAACCAGCUUUGGGAGUUAACUUUGGAGCACCAUUCGUCUCAGGUAUUGGCACUGGCUUGCAGUCAAGUGGCUUAGGUUCUUCAACACUUGGAGGAUUUGGAAGUACUUCUGGCUUUGGAAGUAAUACUUCAGGCAACACCUCAUUUGGAUUCGGAUCAGCCACUAAACCCUCAGGAAGCCUCAGUGCAGGUUUUGGCAGCUCAACCACAUCUGGAUUUAACUUCAAUAAUCCUGGGAUCACAGCGUCUGCUGGCUUGACCUUUGGUGCAUCCAAUCCUUCAACGUCAGGCCUUAGCAGUAAUCCUGGGGGACAGCUACUUCAAUUGAAGAAACCACCAGCUGGCAACAAACGAGGCAAAAGAUAGAGAAUUAUCAGUUAGGACAGGGGCACAUAUUUCUUAAAAUAGGCAUGACUCAUGGUUCUGUGUCCCAAAUACGUUUUUUUAAUAGCUGUAGAUAGAAAACUACCAACAAAUAGAAUGUUUAUAUUUGACCAGGUGAGCUUUAAUCAGGGAUUCCUCAUUUUCCAGAAGGAAUCUGAUAUCAAUGAGUUUUCACAGUGAAGAUUAUAUUUUUGAAAGUAAGUUUGAGUUAUCAAGGUACUUUGGGUGAGAGCUUUGGUAGUGGUGACCUUCCUUUAAUAUAUAAUGUCUAUUUUUGUAAUGUUAAAGGAUACUCCAGUUGUAUGCCUUUAUUAGUAAGGGAGGAAGUGUGAUAUGUUGAGUUGGAUGAGAUUGCAAGUGAAUGUCACUGAUGUCCUAAAUUUCACCAUGUCUGUGCAUGAGGAGCUGCUUUGUGCAGACUUAGUUUGGUAUUCACUUUUCUGUAACUUUUCAAGGCCAGUUUUGUUUUCAAAAUAAUUUUCUUUGUGACUUCCAAGUUAUUUAUGUAUGUUUGUUUCAAAACUGUAGUUAAAUGGUCACGUAUAUGACAACGUAUUUGAAAAUUGUUGUGAAGUCUUGAAUUAGAAAAAAAUUGUAUUUGGAGGGAAAUUGUUAAUUUUGUUAAAAUAAAGCAACUUCUGCAAGUUUUA